CAAUUGUAUUAGUAUUCGUUGUUUCUGUUCAGAAGCUGUGUUUUAUAUAUUUUAUCGGUAUUCAGCAUUUGUAUCAGUGACUGAUAUAUCCUUAACUAUGAGGCGGACAAAGGUCCUCACACAUUAUCAGCAAGAGCGCAUGAGGGCGAACUAUCGUCAUCGUGAAGAAAUGAGGGAAGAUCAUCUAAAGCGUUUGAACCAGGAAAGAGUAUUGGAGGCCAAUUUAGCCAGUGAAGAUAAAGUAGAAAGCAAGAGGUUUGUGAGAAGAUUGCAACAAGAGCAAAGGGAACAGGAAUUGGAGGAAAGCCUGUUACAGGCAAAGAGAGAGCAGGAAUACAAGCAGCAACAGCGAGAGCAACAAGAAAGGAUGGCAAAGGAAAUCGAGAAGCUCAAACUUCAUGAGAUGCGAGAGGAAAGGCUCAGACAACAAAUUCGCGAGAACAGCUUAGAGUUAAGAGAGUUGGAGGCUAAGCUCAAGUCAGGCUAUAUGAACAAGACAUUAGCUGCCCAGAUUGCAGAACGAGAACUUGCUAAAGAAGAAUAUAAUCAACAAAAUGCUGAAGUUGCAAAGCAUCUGCAAGAAGAAGCUAAGCAGGAAGAAGAUGAUGCAAGAAUCAAAGAGGAACAACGUUACCGUGAAAUGGUGAAAUAUCAGCAGGACAUAGAGAAGCAACUGGAAGAGCAAGAGUGCAAGAAGCAGGAGGCAUAUGAAGAAUUCCUUAAAGAAAAACUUAUGAUAGAUGAAAUUGUCAAAAAAAUUUAUGAGGAGGAUCAGAAAGAAUUGGAGGAGAGAAUGAGAAAGCAGAACGCCAUGCAAGAAUUCAUAGUUGAAUUCCGGCAGAAGAGAGAAGAGUGGAAGCAACAAGAACAAACCGAAAUGGAGGAAGAGAAUAGAAGAAUUCUGGAAUUUGCUCAUGUUCAAGAAAAACGCGAGGACGAACGCAGAAGAGAAAAGCUCGAGCGCAGCGAAAAGAUGUCGCAAGUCCAAGCGUUGCUGUCCGAACAAAUUGUUCACAAAAAAACAGAGCACGAUGAGAUGGAGAGAGUUCGCAAUGAGCUGUACAUGGAGGAGCAGUACGAAUUUGAGAGGCAGCAAGAGAAAGCAGAGCUGGAGAAAAGGCUUCGGCUACGAGUGGAUCUGCAGAAGGAAUAUCAACACCAGCUGGAAGCGAAGGCACGCAGACUCGAAGCUGAACGGGAGGAGGAGGAGGAAUUCCGCAACCAGAUGCUGGCAAAGUUUGCGGACGACGAUCGACUGGAACAGAUGAAUGCUCAGCGGCGGCGUAUGAAACAGCUGGAGCAUCGGCGCGCUGUAGAGAAUAUCAUCGAGGAACGACGGGCGGAGAUGGCAGCCCAGAAGGAGAGGAUACUAGCUGAAAGAAAGGAAGAGCAGCGGUUGGAGUUGCUGCGCAAACAGAUCAUAGAGCAGGAGAGACAGCGCCUACUCAGAGAGCAUGCAUCAAAGCUACUUGGCUUCCUUCCCAAGGGCGUCUUACGCGACAAUAAGGAUCUUGAGAUGCUAGGAUCAGAGUUUAAAGAUGCCUACCGCAAACGAGGAACUGGUGAUUCUGUCUCAGAUGCAGCCACAAGCGGAGAGGUGGGAGACUAAUAAGCUGAGCUGUGACACUUCCUUCAGAAGCAUGAACAUAAAGAAUUUGUUUGAAAGUUGGGGUUAUGGUUUUACGUGAAAUUAUCAACUAUUACUAGUGUUGUAUGUAUAUGUCCCUGUGAUGUGAUAGAUCUGAGCUUAUGAUUGUAGCAAAAUAUAUAACGUAGUAUUUCGUCACGUGGCCAAGAAGUUUAACACAAUACUGCCACUCACUGGUGUAUUUGUAGUUGGAUUUUUCAGUGUAGAACACAUACGUGUGUAUUGUGGUAGUCAAUGUAGGUAUAGUAUUGUAAAGCUAUAUGGCCAACACAUUUCUUAAGAAAAAGGACCAAAGGUAGACUAAAAGACUCGUUUCAAUUGCUGUUGUCUAAUUACAAAAUUGCAAUGAAUACGAAUGCAAACGACUACAAAAUUGGAUUAAAUAACAGAUUACUAAUGAAAUAUUAUUACAAUACUAUUUACAAAAAUGGUGUAAAUGUAGGGGCCUCGUAUAUACAUAGUGGUAAUCCCCACCCUCCAACCAUAACUAUAUCCUCCUACACUACUAAAAUUUCUAUAUUAUAUAUGUGAGGAUGAAUUUACUCUUCUUUUCUCCUCCUCCUCCUCCUCCU